AUGUCAUAUUCUAACAUCUAAUAUUCAUAAACUUAAUAAUUUGCUUGCUUUCAUCAAUAAUUUAAAAGUUGUUAGAAUAAAGAUUUUUACUAAAUAUUCUAAUAAACCUACCUAAAAAAUUUUUUUCAGCAUACCCAAGUGAUUUAUCUUAUUCUGAGACUAUCAAAUUUAGUCAUUUAAAACCAAAUUGAUUUAUUAAUCAUUAUAAUCUAAAUAAUAAAAAACCUAAAUAAAAAAGUAAAUUCCCUCCAAAAAAAAAAAAGAGCUUAAAUGGGAAAUUCUAAUCAUUCCAUCACAUUCUACUAAGAGGAUGAUAUUCAUGUAAGGGAGUUAUGCUCUCUAGUAAAUGAUGGGAAAGAUAUUAGUUUUAAAGAUGGAUACCUUAUUUCACAUUUAUUAGUAAAUGCUACUAAGAAAAUCAAAAUAGUGACAGUUGUCGGAGAAACUGGUAAUGGGAAGUCAUCAAUUAUUGAACUUAUCACAUCAUAAUUCACGAAAAAGCCUUAUAAUAUUUUCCAUUCUUACGCUGGAUCAAGCAAUGGAACAAUUGGAAUUUAAUAUUUUAUUACAAGUCUUGAUGAAAAUACAGAUUUAAUUUUAUUUGACUGUGAAGGAUUUGAGAAUGCCUAAUAAGAUUUAUCUGAAAACUAUAUUGAUAAGCUUUAUCUCCUGAUAGCAUAAAUCGCUCGUUUGUCAACUAUCACUAUAUAUAUUUCAACUGACGAAAGAGUGAAGAAGCCUUUUAUUAAAUUUCUAGAGGCUGUUGAUAUUGAAGAUCGUCAUAAAUAAGAUCGUAAUUACUUGAAAAAAAAGGGAAUCCUAUCUAACUUCAUUGAACUAUUAAACAAGCAAGGAAACCUAAAUGCAACAAAAAGCAAGCAUUAUCCAAUUUUCUAAAAAUCUUAUUUUAUUUCUAAAUUUAAAAAGAUUGAUUAUGAAAACGAUUAUAAAAACAGAAAAUAUCUCAUAGAAAUUGAUUAAGAGUCACUAGCUUAGCUUCGUGGAAUAUGUGAAGAUAUCAAAUAAAUGAAAUUUUCUUCAAUCCACUAAAAUACAGAAAGCUUUAACAGGGAUUAAAGUUGUAGAAGCCUUUAUGAAGUAUUAAUUGGCAGUGUGUAGAUCCUCAAAAGUAGAGGGCUCAGUGAAAAAAAGCAUUUUGCAGAGAUCAUCAAUCUUCAGUUACAUUAAAAGAACUAUGUAAUUGAAUAAGUCAAUAAAAUGAAUAAAGAACAACAACCAAUUUUAGAAUAAGAAAUAAAGGAAUUGUUAAAUUGUAUUCCAAAAGGUAAAUACUCCUCCAUUUCUAUCUUCUAGAUUAUUUCCUAAGCAAAACAAUUUAAUACAAAGAGCAAGUUUGCAAGCAAAAUAAAAGAGUUAGAAAAAUAAUGGAGGAAAUAAUUUGCUUAAGGACUUACUGAAAUCUUAAAAAUAAAUAAAAAUGAAUAAAAUGAUAGUGUCUCUGAUGAAUUGGUAAAGUAAUACACUGAGUUAGAAGGUAUGAAGCCUAUUGAAUUUAACUUUCAGGAUAGAUCUGAUAAAAUUUCAGGCAAAUAUAUAGGUUUAGGUAUGUAUGCAAUUGGUGGUUCGGCAGUGGUGAGUGGAAUGUUUGGCGCCUUAAUCGCUGAGAAUUCGACAUUUGUAGUAGGAACGAGAGGAGUAGCGCUAUUUGGAAUUGCUGGAUUCGUUGUUUCUGGUAUUUUGUCAAUGUUGGCUGGAAUUUGGCUAUUCAGGAAACACAUAGACAACGAAAAAAAAAUUAGUUGCUGGAAGAAAGUACUUAGAAGUGGAUUAAUCUCUAGCUUAAAUUAGCUUCAUUUGGGUUGCUAAUAAAGUUGUGAACUUAGUGAUAACUCGCUUAUUCUUUAACAUAUAAUUACAGCUUCAAUGGUAGACAGUGAUCAAUCAAGUACUAUUUUUGGCAGAUAUACUCGCAGAUAAACUGAUUUGAUGAUUCCUUUAUUCUAUUUCAAUUUAAUCAGUAAAUCCCUUAAGGAAAAAAAUAUUAAAUGGAUUUAAGAAGAUGAUAAAACGAAACAAAACUAACAAGCAAAACUUGCAAAAUUAGCUCUUGAUGAAAUUGCAUAAAUUGCCAGCAGACUACCAGAAAUCAAUAACUAAUAGGAAAUCAAGCAAAUAAUUAUUGAUGUGCUCAACAUUCGCUUUACAAAUGAAGAAAAGAAUGCCACUAAAGGCAAAAAUAUAGCUGGAUAGUUUAAUUUGUAGAGUCACAAGGUUACAAAUACUUAAAUCACUAGUAAAUCACAGAGAAUUAUAGAGAAAUGUGCAAAUUCAAGAGUAAAUGAUCAAAAUCUCAUCAAUAUCGUCUCCUCUUUACUUCUACUUAAGCUCUCUGUCUCUGAUAUCUUCUAUAGCAUAAUAUUUUCUUUCUUUUUCCCAAUUGAGCUUCUUUAAACAGAUAAUUUGAUUACCCCAGAAGGUAUUAAAAACUAUUUUGAAUUCUAGGAUCAGUUAUUAAAUACCGAAAUUAGGAGUUGA